GAAAAAUGGAUGUUUUUCUAGGCAUUCAAAGCACCAUUCAGUCCACGUUCACGCAUCGAACGUAGAAAAUUUACUUCGAUUUCGUUUUUUUUUUUCUACUCAUUGUUUUUGCUUCCAUUCGGAAAAAUCCGAUUUUUGCUGUUGUUUAUGUUACCAGCAUCAUCACUGGAGAAGCUUAGUUUGCUUAGUUAACAUACGAUAAAAGUGAUUUCGAUUUUGGUGUAAUUUAUAUUCGGUAUUUAUGUCGAUUUAGCUGAUAAAUCCCUUUGUAUUUGGCAUAGUGUUCGUGUGUGUUUCAUUGCAGUAUAUUUAUGAGUUUGCAAGAUUUACAGCCGUCUUUCAUUUGUUGAUUAUCAUAUUUCAAACAUUUUACCCUCAAUCGAUUGAUUCCCGUCUCAAAAGUGUGAUAAGAUAGCGUAUGUGAAACGUGGAAGGCGAAAAAGAGAGGGGAAGACAUCGAUAAGUUUGUGUUUCGCGAUAAUGCCACGUAAAAAUCAAAGACGUAAAAAUGCUAAUAGUCAAAGUGGACGACGCAAAGCGAAACCAAUUAAGUUCAAUCCCAGUGAUAUUAAAAACGAAGAAAGACAGCUUUGUGCAUCGUUCGGAGUAGACGAUGCAGUUGAUAACGACAACCAAGACCAAAUCCACGACCAAGAAAUGGAAUCAAUUGACGGAAUUGUACCGAUUCGAGAGGAUGAUGAUGAACACGAUGAAAACAGCGGUGACGAUCAAAUCAUAGUGGAUACAACGUUGGAUGACAACGAAAUCGACCGAACUAAUCAAAUGGAUAAAACUGAUGAUGGGAAAAACGAUGCUGCCACACCGAUUCCAGUUGCGUGCACCGAUUCACUUGCUAACCAUACAACAGUCGACGACAAAUCGAUGGCAAUGUCUCAAGCCGAAUCACAUGAACUGGGUACAUCGAGUCCAACAAACAGUGACAUCAACAGCGGCAAACGCAUUGCCAUGAGUUUCGAUGUUGAAAGUAAUUCAAAUGCUGAAAAUAAAGCGGACUCCGACGACCGAUCGCUAAUCAUAACAACAACGAUACCAGAAUCAACAAACGCUUACGCCGUUGACAAUGAUAUUAAUAGAAACAGCAGCAACAGCAGCGGCGGUGGCGGCGGCGACAACAACAGCAAUAGCAGUGACAGUGGCAAAAGCGGCAACAGUACUGAUGCUAGUUGUGAUAUAAUUGUUUCUGUGCCAACAGAUGCACCACAUUUAUCGGAACGAUGUGCUGCUGCCGAUGUUACGGCCACUGCUGCUGAUACGGUAGCGCCUGCUGACAAUUCAAUUCUCACGUUAGAUAAUUUGACCGACGCUAAAAUUCAAAUAACCGAAAAGUCAAAUGUUGCAGAUGCUGACCAUUCACUCGAAUUGCCAACUGAUAAUGCGACUAAUGUUGAUACAACUCAGAAAAGCAAUGACGUUACAACGGCAGAAAUCAUGAAUUACGCACAAAUUAAUCUAUCAAAUGCGAAACCAGAAGACCAGACGGCUUCAAUUCAUGUUCCACUCGAUGAAAACCAUUCGAAUAAUUCAGCGAAUGGCAUUGAAAUCGAAAACACACAAUGUACGCAGGAACAGCAACAGCCACAUCAUUCUGAAAAUUCAGAUAAUUUCAAGAAAGAAGCAAAAUCGAAUUGCGUCGAUAAUUCCAACGGCGAAAAUCAAGAGCAGCCACAAAUCAAUCAAAUGAAAGUAGCGAACGAAGACGUAAAUAGCACAAGUGCGAUUGCAGCACAUUCAAUCGAAACGAACCGUACUGAAAGCAAAAGCGAAACAAAUCCAUCAGUGCAUGAGGUAAAGUCAAAGCAAUCAUAUCGCGUUGAAUCACCUGAACCAAAACCAAGCACCGCUUUGAAUUUACCUGUAUCCACUGCAAUUAAAAAAAGUCGCUCGCUGGGCGAUUGUACGGAUGAGUUUGGCAUUCAAGAGUUAAGCGAUGCUGGUUCGUCGGCUGAAAACGAUAAUACGCCAUUAGUUUCGGAAGUUGAAUCGGAACCGGAUGUACCCGAAACGAAUAAAGUGGUGAAAUUGCAGUACCCAAAUCGAUUAAUCAGUGUGGAAACAUUCCCGCUAGAUUAUCAAGACGAUUCGAGUGUGUUGUGUCCGAAGCUCGAAGAAGAGCUACGAAAUUGCAUUGCACAGCAGCUACCACAACAAGAAUCUCAACCGGCGCAACAGUCUCCACCAAUGUCCAAAAGACAAAAGCGGCCACCAUUGCCACCGCCACCACCCCUUUCGAAUGCACAAUUUUUGCAUCCGAUCAAUAAUUAUUUGCACGCAAUUAGCGAGGAAAACAGUGAUGCCAGUGAUAUUGAACAUAAGCCAGACGAAGUCACUGCGGAGAAAGUGAAUAGUCCUAAAGCAAAUAAGGCCGAUGCCAUGUAUCCAAGAAGUCAUUUUGAUUUUUCACGCGUUAGUCGGCACACGAAUUUAAUUGCUCCGUCAACCGAAGCGAUUCGGGAAGAGGCUUCGUGCGUUUUGGUCGACACAAAGCUCAUUGGCCCGGGCAAAGUGAAUGAAAGCAACCAGCCAUGGACAACAUCAACCGUUGAUGAACAAAGUCAUGCCGAACUAGUGUACUUGGAUUCGAGCUCAAGCAAUACUAGUUUAAGUGAUAUUGAGUCGAUCAGUGGAGUCGAAGGUGAUGUUGAAGACUUAAAUUCGGAAUCGGAUGUACGUAUCGAAACCCCAACAAUUGGUGGCAAUUCCUUUUCGGCAUUCAAGCCAAUCGUUAAAAAGACAUCAGCCGAUCUCUUGGCCGGCCUAAAACAAAUAUUAAACGAUAGAAGUGAAUGCAUUGAAACCAAUUCAUUUACUGAUAAUGAAACAUCUCCAGUUUUGAGUAACAAAAAAUCCUUUCUGAAUGUUGAAAUUAACAAAGUACCGAAUCCUUCACCCAUUGACCAUUCUCAUUUCAAACCAAUCAAUGAGAAUGUCAGCUCGAUUCGGUCGUUAUUGGAAAAUAUAGCGGCCGCAUCAAUCGAAUCGUUAGUUGACAAUGAAAUUGUUGAAAUUCCACUGGCUUAUGAUGAUAGGUUGAUCACAAAUGAUAGGAUUCAAAAUGAAAAUUCAAGCAAUUCAAUUCAUACAAACAGUACAAAUGGAGUACACAAUGACACAUUGCAAACACAAACACAAACACAAACACAAACACAACCAGAACACGACCAACAGAUUGACACAAAGCACAAUCAAUUGCUUAGUCCAAAGUUUAAAAUUGGGGAAAUUUGUUCGAACCAAAUGCUUUUAACCGGUUCAGUAAAUUCAAAUAAUCUGAAUGUUGAUUCAAGCGCACACAAUAAUAAAGAACUUAAUCGACAGGAUUCAGCAUCGAGUCACGGUUCGUCGCACACAACCAGCAGCACAUCGCACAGCAGUCAGUGCACGGCAAAGUAUUUGGCAAGUCAAACGUCUCCAAACGAAUUCGGCGAUUUUUCUGAAAAUACGUUUAUUAAAUCAUUGCGUCAGUUGUCGAUUGAGCGUUUAGAGUCUCUGCCAUACGGUGACUUAAUUUUAGACGAAGUAGCAAAACAUUCGCAACAAUUGACCGAUCCGAAUAUGCCAUAUCCACCGCCCAGAUUACCACGCAUCGAAGAUUUGGAAAUUCUUUCGGAAUCGGUGCAGCAACCACGACCACCGCCUCGAAAUUAUCAAUCAAAGAUUAAGUUCUACUCAAAUUUCAAAUUGAAAUCGUCGCCUUCGCCACCACCAGUGCCCCAACGACCGUGGCUCGGUGUACCAACGGCUGAAAAUCCAAAUGUUCUGGUUUGUUUGUCACCCGCUCAACGUGAAUUCUAUCAGGAGAACAACAGUGCACCCGAUCACCUAUUGGACUUGCAUAAUAAAUUUGUUGAUCGUCGCGGCUAUCACGAGUACACCGAUGAUGAAGUAAUGGCGAUAAAUUUCCGCGACUCAGUCGCAUUGUCGAAACAAGCGGCUCAAUGUGAAAUAUCGAAUAUGAAAUCCAAGGACGAUAACAGAUUGUUGGCACUUAUCCGAGAAAUAAAUCAGCUCACCAACACUAGCGUUGCGGCCGAACAUGGCAACGACAACAACGACAACGGCAACGACAGUGGCAACCGUUCGAAAGGAAAAGAGACGACUUCACCAACAACAAAUCGCUCGUCUCAGUCUCCGGCUGCACAGCAGCAAAGCGAUCACGCUACUCUAAAAAUGUCGCGAUCCAACACCACGGACCCAAAUUACGGUUUCAAUAAUAAACGCUUUUCCAACUACUUCGAUGAAUUGAGCCGAUUGCAUCCGAUAGUUGAGGAGACGCCCAAAAUUUACACAAAUAUUGAGACAACGAACUAUCAAUCACGCAAACGCAUCGAAAACGGUCAAAUUGUUUACGACUAUUCGAAUUCAAGCCACGAAAAAAGCAGUAGCAAUGCAGAGCCACCGAAUCGCGUAAGUGCAACGGCAAACGAAACAAACAACUGUCAAACAAUUGCAGCAGCAGCAAAUUUCAAUAAUAGUCCAUUCGAUGUGAAUAUUGACAACAAAGCGUUCGUUGGCGAAGCACUUAGUGCAAAUCAAAUUGCUGAAAACCGCUACUGCAAAUACGCAGAGUGUAAAAAUAGCCGAACGGAUGACUCAGUGCAUCAUCACCAUUCGAAUCUGACGACAAGUGAAAAGCAGCAGCCAGAUGAAUCAUUGAAAAAAAUUACGACCGAACCGCAGAAAAGUUGUAAUCCAAAUAGUCGAUCUUCGUUCAAAGAGUUUGAUUUUGUGCCGAAAAUCUUUUCGAAUUUCUUCCGUACAAAUAAAACGGAAGGAGAGCAAUGUGGGAGUGCUGUAAUUACAAAAGAAUCAAGUGAAACAACAACCGUGCAAACAAACACUGAGAAUAUAAACGUGACGAAUCGCUGUGAAAUUAUCGGUAGUGGUGGUGGUAGUAGUACACGGAAUUCCGUAUCGCCAUUGCCAUUGAGAAAGUCCGAAUGGUAUUCGAGUACACAGAGUUUGUAUGAUUUAUUUGGUGAGGAGAUUGAUCCUAUGCCCGGAUCGCCAUCAGCAUCGGUAUUGGGUGUGAGAGGUGUUACGCAUCGCGGCCGAAUAUCGCCAAAUCCAAUUCGGGCGCCACGCAUCAACGACUCACCGAAUACAAACACUACAUCGACCACAUCGGACUAUUCACAACAUCAUCAUCAUCAGCACCAGCACCAGCACCAGCACCAGCACCAGCACCAUCAGCAUCAAUAUCAGCAACAGCAUCGACAUUACGAUUGGCAAGCGACAAAGCACAAUCGCAACUUUGAAAAUCGCCAGUCGAUGAUUGACCAAACGCCGAUAACACGAUUUGUUACACAUAAUCCACGACGCAUGUCAUUGCCGAAAGCGAUGGCCGACAGUCAAUUAGCAUAUAUUCUGGAGAAGGAGCGCCACAUCACCAGCGAAUUCGAUAAAUUGGAAAAAGACCGGCAGCGAUUGCUUCAAGAACUCGAAGAGAUGCAGGUGAAUCAGAGUUUCGAAGAUUUUUACAAGCAACACAAAAAACGGAACAGUUUGUUGCCCACGUUGGGCCCAUUGUCUGAAGAGGAGCUUAUGAAAAAGCGUAUGCAAGAAGAGUGGCUCAGUAAAGUGGCCGAACGUGAAGAGCGUCGUUUGCAAAAAGUCAUAAAAGUUACGCAUGGCACAAGUGAAAUUUCGCCACCUUACAAAUCGCUUACCAAUCGUGGAUUAAGCGAUGAAUUUCUCGAACGUGUCAAAGAGCGACGCACAAAAUUGCACAUACCAUCGGACAGUGAUUGGGACAGUGGUGCUGAAUCGCAACCCAUCAAACGUGAACCAGUUUCACCGAAUAUCGAUCCAACGGUUAAAGUAAUUGACGAUGGCCACGAAGCUGACAUCAAGCAGCUGCCAAAACAUCUUCGUGAAUUUGCCGAAUUCACCACAAAAUGCGAAGCAAGUGAAAGCAAAAGUCAAUGUGAUACAAAUGCAACAAGCACAAUAGAAACCGAAUCAAAAGAAAUCAUACACACAAUCGAACGAUGCGACAACCAAGACGAUGCGUCACACACAAAUGCUUGUGCUGCCACGUGCGAAUGCUAUAAGCAGUCGCAUCAUCAAAUUGCUGAUGCUGGUACUUUUGCUGCCAUCGCUGUUUUAACUAACGAUUUGGAUGCAAACAACCUUACGAUUAAUGUGGCUGAUAUCGAUAGCGGCACAGCUUUUAACACACCAUCGCCAAUAAUUCGACGCAACAAAAAAGCGGCGUGCUCGUUGUUGGACGAUAUCUCGACGACAACGACGAGAAAACAAACACGUUCCAAACUGGCGCAACAUCGCAAAAGUUUGUCCGAGAGCGAUUUGCUGAACGAAAUUGAUAAUGCAUUAGUUUUUUGCAAGGGGUUUCUUUAUUCGCACGGAAUCUGGUCACCAAGCGGUACACCACAGCCUAUAAGACGAGCAUUUCCAAACGAAGGCGGCCAAUUUAAAUCGGAACCAUCACUUGUACACUCAACACCCAGUACACCAGUAGCCGAACGUCGUGACAUUCGUUCAGUCAAAUUUGAAUCGCCCAUUACUCCACGAAAAAACCUGUCACAGCAGAUGCACUCAGGUAGUACACCGAGUUUGAUACAACCAACUAUCAUCGUGCAACCACCACCAACAUCACCAAAAUAUAAAGAACAUUCAACAUCGGAACACGGUGCCGACCAUUCGAAAAUUCGAUCUUAUUAUCCAGCUGGUGUUCGGCAAAUAAAUGAUGCAAGCUACUCCCAUAACGAGUACGUAACACAGCGACAAAAUUUGGAAAACGAGCGACAAAGAAAAAUGGCAUCUGAUGGACGAACCGGUGAGCCUGUUGAAGUGACAUCCAGAUCGGAGGCGAACGACAGUCAACACGAAUGGUACAAAAAAAUGUACAACACAAUUCAUAAAGUUAGCGAUGGCGAUGGUUAUGUGACAGUCCGCUACAAAACUCGUCGAGCAGCAGGACAAUACCCAUACAAAACAUCAACCAAUGGAUAUGCAUCGGAACCGGAACGAAAUUACAAUUCGGACUAUUCAAUCAAAUACAAAACAUUGGACCGACGACGCAAUCCAUCAUCCGAAAAUACGUUGCCAAAUCCGAUGAAAUCAACAAAUGUUUCAUACAAAAAUCAACCGGGAAAAAUCGAAAAUUUCACUCCAGGCCAUUCAUCAGCUACGGACAAAGAACGCAGAGAGUGGUGGGACGAAGUGAUGGAUAUUUUUAAUGUGGAACAAAUCAAGACCAGAAAUGAGAUUAAUAAAGUUUGUGAAGGAAAUCUAUCGAGAGCGCUUAAGGAUCAAGGCUAUGAAAGUGAUUCAACAUUGGUGUUUCGUAAAAAGGACAGUUCUCAAAUUGCACCACUUAGUCCAGUCGAACAAAAACAAGCCUACCUUAAUCUGCAAGCUGGCGGCGAAGCACCACUUCAAGGAUUUAGAAAACCAGCACCUGAAAAACCACGAGAUCAAAUUGACAUUGAAUAUUUGCCAAUAACUUCGACGCUAACCAAAAUUCGUGUGCACAGUAAAACCCUGCCGCCUAUUCAGAAUGAAAUCCUUUGUUAUCCGAUAACAAAUGUAACCAAACCGAUCGAUUUGUUUGCACCAUUCCCAAAGCAAACGCAAACAUUUGUGCCAGGCAGUCCACCGAAUCCACCACGACGCAUUUCGUCGAAAGAUAGCUCGGCGUUGAAAGAAUAUGCUGAUUCACGGCAGAUCAAUGGACACAGUGAAAAUGCUGGAAAAAAGGCAGCUGAUCCAGAGACAAUUACCGUACGCAAUCAGAAUCGCUUGCCGGCUUCGGUUCGAAGUCGUUCUGCAAGUAGUAUUACGACAUCAUUCACCUCACUCAAAGACGAGAAAAACUAUGCAAAUAGUUCGCGCACUGGAAGGUCACAAUUACAACGGGUCGGUUCGCUUAGCCCGAUCGGGCGAAAGAUUGAAACACGCAAAUCGAAUUCCAGUCCGAUUGCAUUCGGGCGAAGCAUUUCGAAGGAGCGAACCUUUGCCGAAGAGAAGAAAAAACAAGAGGAACGGUUGCCAUUGUGUAGACGCGCCUGGACGGCCAGCACGAAUAUUCUGCGCGAUCCAUUCAUCAGCUCACCGAGAGAUGUUCGCGAAGCGGUUCGAACCACUUAUCAAAGUCCACAAACCAGAGAACGCCUUACGACCAGAACGUCGACAAGGCAAACGCUUUCAGGAAAUACAAUCAAAACAUCGGCGGUUACUUACGCAAAAGAUAAACUACUGAAGGAUUCAGUGAAAAAUGAUGAGAAAACUAUUCGAAUGACAACCAUUGAAGCGAAACCGAAGGGCCGUAUCGCCGUAGUACCGGUUGUUGUCAGAUCGAAUUUAUCGAAAUCAUCGGUGAGCACCGAAACCAAACUCAAUCCACGCUCGAAACAAACCAUCAAAACAUCGUCGAAUAUCAGUUUGGCACGUACAAACUCAACCUAUUCGAUUGACUCGAGCAGCUCGAAGCGUCGCAUUCGAAAUCGACCCUACACCAUAAAAUCGGCACCAAAAACGAUCGCACCACCAGUUACGAUCACCAAUAAACCGAGGAAAAAGAAAAUCGAAACGAAAGCAGCGCCCAUCACAAAAUCAGUGCCCGAAGAGAAAGUUGAACGCAUUGAAGUUAGCAAACGAACAACUAGCCCAACACGCAAUGGCUACGAACGUAGCAGCAGCUUUUUUGUCGUUAAAGAUGGCAACAAAAAAAGUGUGCGAAAUGAAAAGCACGAACAAAUCGGUACAAAAUCGGAUAAAUUUUUUCAGAACUUAUUUCUGCGCAACAUUGCCACCAAUGUGGCGACCGCAAGAGAUGAAACCUUGUAUCAAAACACUGCCGUCCAAGAAAAAGCACAAUUUUGGAAUACGAUUCCGCGACGAGCCAAUAGUGCUAAGAAAAAAUCACCAAGCAUUUAUCUGACUCAGAAACGACCGGUUAGCGGAUCAAAAUUCAAGGAAUUGGACCGAGUGCAGCAUUUACGACAAACUCGUAGCUUAAGCCCACGACGUUCACCACCCAAAACCAUUUACUUUGACCGAAUCAGCAAGUAUAAUUCGUUUUAUCAGCUUUCCGACAAUGAUGAUGGAGAAGAGUUUGGUUUCGAUUAUCACUAUCAAGAGCGCAGUAAGAGCGAACCGCGUCCGAUCACUUAUGUCCACAGCGUUAAGACCAGCGACACAAAGUCAAACGAACCGCCAACAAUAAGCAAACAGCAGCAACAACAACAACGACCAUUUUCACCGACCCGCGAAAUUCGAUCACCAUCGAGCCGUCGAAUUCAAAGCUUCCGUGCCAAAGCUGAUCCACAUAGUCGGGCACAAAGUGCUGAUUCUCAUCGUCGAUACCAUUCGCUGGAUUUGCGAUUGACACGACGCCAUUCAUUGCACGAUGAGGACAGCUAUGAAAGCCAUUUGGAUUCAAGCCAAUCGGAGAAAUUCAAAGAUUUAAAUCGUUUUUAUUCAAAGGUUGAGCGUGUUGGUGAAUUGGAACGCACCACGUCGAACACUGACCUGCAUCCAAUUCGAAAGGAGAACGAACUCAUCGAUUUUGACGUAUGGAAAAAGGUUCGAAAUUAUGAGCGCGCAGAAAGAGAGCUGCAUUCACUGUUGAGCAAAUUGAAGAAGGAUGAACGAGAAAAGGAUUUUCUAUAUCGUCCAAAAUAUCCGGAAGAUAUCAAAUGGGACCGACGAAACGAGAGUGGAUUGCGUGUGAAGGAGAAAUCGGUGGAAGAUUUGAAAAGCAUUUUCAUUGAAAAGUCAUUGCAAAAUGAAUUGGAUGAAGCAAGACAAAGGCUUAAAGAUCAGUAUCGAUCGUUGUGGAAGGGAAACUCAGUGCUUGAUUUGGCGUCAAAUAUGACUGUUAAAUACAAUUCAACCGGCAAGCUGGCCAGCCAGAAUGCGGCCGAAGAACGUCUUGGCAUCAGUCGUAAUUUGAUAAGCACACUGUCGAAGGAUCAAGUGAGCAAAAUCAAAAAUCAACUCACCGAAAUCUACAGCAAUACGACGAGAACGAUUCACAAAACUUCCCAUCCACCGUCCGAUGAAUAUAUAAUCAAUGUGAGUGAAGAGCGAAACAUUAGACCAACUUCAUUGCUCGUUCGCAGCAAUUCGUUGGUUGGCGAAAAAGAAUUGCUGAAGCCAGUUUUGCAACGCCAAGAGAACCGUUUGAAAAAUAGCAUCAAAGCCGAUUCAAUCGGUGCAGUGCAUGAGACACGUGUGACAAGGAGCGUUGAUCGCUAUGAUUCGGUUGUUAGACGACAAGCAUACACGGAAGAAGAAAAGCGAAAAUUGCUACAACAAUUGGGCAAUGAAAUACGUGACAAACUGAAAGAACGUCGUGAAAAAGUACUAGAGCCACGUGAAACACGCGGAGCAAUUGCCGCUGAAAAGACAAACAUUUCCGGUGGUGGUUCUGCGAAUGAUACCGUGGUUACGGUUCAUCACAGCGAACAAAAAUCAACUGGCAAUAAAUCGUUGCAGUCGAAGCUGACCAGUGAAGUAAAAACUCAGGCGAAAUACAAUAAGGUUGAUAGAAAAAAUGAUAGACCUCCACCUUACAUUGAGAAACGGCCAUUUGAAAAAAACAUUCCAAGGGCUGAAAUAACAAUUGAACCGCCCGCCGAAAAAAUUAAGCAUAAAAUUGAAUAUUUUGAAAAGAAAAGAAAUGAAGAAGCUCCGAAAACCAUCUAUCUACCCCGCGAUGAUUCAUCGCUCGAUGAAGAGGAGGUGAUUCGCAUGGUUGAGGAAAAGAUCAAAGCACGACGCGCGGUGCAAAAGCAAUCAGCACGAAGUCAUCUCUGCGGCAAUGGCUUUAGUACAUCGGAGUCAGAUUUAAAGGAGAUUUUUGGCGAAAAGGAAAGCGUUCGAAAUCUUAUUGAAUUUCGUUCGCCAUCGCCAGCAAAUACGGAACAGUCAAAAAACGAGUGGGAUGCUGCGAGCAUCGAGAGUUACUUUCGGAGCCGCAGCAUUUCACCCAUUUGUAACUCAACGCGCUCAACUUUGAAAAAGACCGCAUUCGUUGACGAUGGAAAAUUUUUGUACGAAAGUUCGACAUUGAAGCCGCCUCGUUCUCGUCCGAUUUUUGCGGUGCCACCGCGUCGAUUCAAGAGCGAUCCAACGCUCAAUGAAACCGUAUUCCGUAACCAGGGCCCGUCAAAGAUCGUAGUGAAAAGCAGUGAAGCCGGCGAUGUAUCUUUCAUCACGCACAAAUUUGAAUUGAAAAAGGAAGCUGCAUUGGCGACAGCAUCGCGCGGUCGAACACGCACCAGACGCGUAUCGUCGCCAAUUCAACGUGUUACAUUCAAGAAAGAAGACCGUUUGAUGCCACAUAUUGACAUCAUCAGUAAGACGAUCGCGCUGAAAGAGGCAAUAAGCCGUAGUUCAACACCGAAACCAUCACAAACUGUUGAAGUGUCGACCAGUGAGGUGGACAAAAUUCGUCACAAAUUCGAAACACAAACAUCUCCCGAUCGGCUCUCAUUGAUUGGCCAAAUGUAUACCUCAACGCCGGAUAUCAGCGAACUCAAAGAUAUCUCCAACUAUCUGUCGUCCACAUGGAUUGCGCAUAAAUAUUCGAAACCAAAUGAUAACGCACGUUCGGCAACCGAACCUGAAAAGGGUCCGGCCAGUCAAGAGAUCAAACGAAAACCAGUUUCACGCUCGAGAUCAACGUCACCACUUCGAUCACAAAAUGUAAAUGAAAUGCUAAAACCGUUGUACGAUAUAUUCGCCGAUCAAAAUUACGAUCCCAUGAAGCAUCGACCGACACAUCGUUAUGUACCGGUUGAUAAGCGCAUCGAAGCUGAAUACUUGUGGCGCCGUUUGAAACAGCAGAGCGUUGGAAGCCGUAAAAAUGCAAAAGCAUCGGUAAAAAGUGAAGAGUCGGCACGUCGAUACGUUGAAUCUGAUGUGAACAUCCAUUACAAAACGCCGGUCCGGUAUGAGAUUAAAGAUCCAAUAUCGGAUGCCGAACUCAUUCAUCGGCAAGAACAGGCUAAAAAAUUGUACCAAGAGGAACGACGACGCAAAUAUUUGCAAGAGCUACAGGAUUUGAAUAAUCGACGACACACCGACAAUUUCACGCCAUCACAAAAAUCGCCAAUUUCAUUGCAUCGUUACGAUGACUUCGGUACAAUUUACGAUUAUGUCACGAAAUCAUCAAAUUACCCAAAAACCGUUGCUCGUGCAUUGUACAAUUUCCAGGGACAAACAUCAAGAGAGUUGAGCUUCAAAAAGGGUGACAUAAUUCACAUUCGACGUGAGAUCGAUAACAAUUGGUAUGAGGGUGAGAUCAAUGCCACUAUUGGCCUGUUGCCUGCAAAUUAUGUUGAGAUUAUAUCGAAGGAUGGUGUACGAUUGCCAACGAAAAAGCCAACCGAAGGUCAAGCGCGCGCCAAGUUCAAUUUCCAAGCACAGUCGGCGAUUGAACUCUCAUUGCAUAAGGGUGAACUAGUCGUACUAACCCGACGAGUUGAUGAUAAUUGGUUCGAAGGACGAGUUGCCAAUCAAAAGGGAAUCUUCCCCGUUUCAUAUGUUGAAGUUUUAACGGAUAUUGGGAGUGAUGCAUUGCCAGUGGUCCCAAGUAAGCCAGUUGGAGCGCCAGCAUCUCAUUCAUUGAUAACAUCGCCAAAUUAUCAAUUAUCACCUCGAUCCAAUUACUCGACCGAUUUUACAACAACAACCAACAUUAUAUCCAACGGCAACCAUUCACCUGUUGUUCGCGAAACGUCAAAAACGCUUCAAAAGACCGAAGUUUUGCAUGUGGAUACGACGAAUUCGGAACCAGUACCAUACCGAGCCAUUUACAAAUAUCGACCACAAAAUUCCGAUGAAUUGGAACUGCAGGAAGGUGAUACGGUGUAUGUAUUGGAGAAAUGCGACGAUGGAUGGUUUGUGGGCACCUCACAACGGACUGGCUUCUUUGGAACUUUUCCCGGUAACUACGUUGAAAAACUACUACUGUAAAUGCAUCGGGCCGAAAUGAACGAACGAACAACAUCCGAUGCAUCUGUAGCAACAUCUGAGCAGUACCGUUUUUCAAUCAAACUAAGUAUAUAACCAGAAAAUAAUGCCGACCGAAAGAAGAAGAGAAAAUCGACGCAAAAAUUCGAUACAAAUCCAUUUGAAUUGAAAGAAUAAAACAAAACUGAAAAAAGAAAACAUACACAGAAUGAAAAGAACUUGCAUCACACACAUAUACACACAAACACAACACACACACACACACACACAUAUGAAAAGGAGAACACACAAUGUUUACUAAUGCAAAACAACAACAAAAUAAUUAUAUUUUUUAUUGAUUAAUGGUUUAAUUUAAUUGAAGCAAGAAAGAGAGAGAUGCAUAUUUUUGUUAACUUUACUUAAUUAUUGAUGAAUUUAUCAUGUAACAUAAUCAUUAUGAUUUGUCUUCUUUUUCCUUCUUCCUUCUUUCUUCUGUUCGCCACUUGUUGAAUUGUUUUCUGUUAAGAUUCUCUCCGAGUUUAUAAUGUUUGUUUUUCUUUUAUUUUUCUUCUAAUUUUCAUUCAUUUUUUCUUGGGUAAUUUAAUUUUUCAUCACCGGAAACGUGUUUUACUGUUUUAUUUGGUAUAUUACACACUCUUUGAGCCUAACAAACUCUUUCACAGAAUGUGUGUUCCAUAGCCACGACGAAAUUCAACUUUGAUUUUGUUUUUUAGUUGAAUGGAGUUAAAAAAUAAUCAAAUCGAAAAUCAAAGAGCAAAAAAAUAAAAACACUAGUGACCAUCACCAUUGUUGUAGAGACAAAUCACGAAUAUCAACUUGGCGCGAAUAAUUCGCUAGAGAACAAGUUUCGUUUUGGCGUCUCCAUUGGCUUCAAUUAAGCAGCAACAAAAAACACACAUUUAUCCCAUUAAAUGGAAAACAAACGAGAACGUUUUUUUUUUUUAAAGUCACCUUACAAAAAUUUAAAAAAAGAAACGUUCGGGAAUCAGCUGAAUAUCAACACCAAACAAAUACUUUUGAUUGUUCAUGCAAAAAUCAUUUCAAAAUGGUCAAUGAUUCCGAUUAUGACGCCAGGGAUGAUACAAAAAAUUAAUAAAAUGUAAAAAUUAAUUCGUUAUACAAUGGUUAAAUCAAAUUAUUUACUAGUCACUAAUUAAUGUCACAUUUAUGUUUCAGUGAACAGAAUAUUGAGAAAAAAAAAAGAUUGAAAAAAAUUGAUCGUAAUUGCCGUUUCAAUGAAUCGUUCAAAAGAGAAAUGAAACUCGUUGAACAUUCAAAAACUUCAAUAUAUUUUGCUUGAGAAAAUUAGAGAGAAUUUCCAUAAAUGCCUAUUCUUUUGUUAGAAAAACACUUCCCUGUACAAUCAAAUGAAAAAACAAAAUGUGCCUUUCGAAAAUCAAUUAAUUUUUAUCAAUCUGAAAUCGCUUGAAAAAAUCGAUGACAAAAAAAAUCAUACCGAAUGUAUUUCACAUAUAAUCACUUAUUUCUGAUGUGCUUAAUUACUAAUUUUUUUUUUCUUUGUGUUGAAAAUGAAGUUUACAUGUACCAAUUUAUUUAUUGACCAAGUGAGUGAAAAACUCAUCAAGAAAAAAAAACCUACAAAAAAGUCUAUAUUUAUAAUUGUAACAAAUUCACACAGUGUAUUUUGCCAAAAAUAAACGUUAAAAAUGAAAAUAAAAAAAAAAAUCAAAUCACAAGCAAA